AAUAUAAAUUGAAAUACAACUUUGUUAAUUAGUAACUAUUAAAUCCAAUUAUGUUGUUAUAAAAACCAUUUUUUAUUUAAAAGCAAUUAGACACAUAUAAAAGCAAUAAUAAAUUAAAAUAAAUUAGAAUAAAUAUUUGAAAUGUAAACUCAUACAUUAUGCCUAGUGGAAGACGUAAUGCAGCUAGUAGAAAUGGACAAGCUAAAAUUCAAACUAAUUUUACUAUGUCUUCAAAUAAUGGUAUCCGAAGUAAUAGUGGAGAAAGAACAGCAGGUAGUGGUGCAGAUGAUAAAAAAUCAGAAGAACCUUGUGGAAUAAAAGCAUUGGUACCAAAACAUGUACCUAUACCAAUUGUACCUGUGGAUGGUCAUUUAUCAUUUGAAGCAUUAUCUUUAGUUGUAUCAAUUAUUGCAGCUUCUUUACAAAUGCUUAAUUUAUAUAGAACUGUAUGGUGGUUACCUCAUUCUUAUAAUAAUUAUAGUAUGAAUUUCUAUUUAAUAGAUCCUUAUUUACUUAUAUUUAUUAUAACUAUGGUAGCAAGACAAUUUAUUUAUUCUUUAUUGCGUCGAAUUAUUGAUAUUUCAUCACCAAUUCGUUGGUUAUCUACUGCUCAAAAAAUGAUGAGGAUAACCUUGUUAAUCAUUGUGAUGAAUAUAUUAUGUUGGUGUCUUUAUCAUAUGGCUGAAAAACAUAACUCAAUGAAAAUUUUUUAUUUAUGUUAUCCAAGUUUAUCUGUAUAUUUUGUAAUGUUUGGUAUAAGUGCAGCACCUUUUUUUGAUAUAUCAGCAAUACCUUUAUAUAGCAAAGAUGAAAAAAAAACAAAAUUUCUAAUAGAUAAACCUUUACAUAAUUGUUCAUUAAAUGCAUCGGCAAUCAGAGCAGAAGUUUCAACAUUAAGAUCUGAUUUUAAUCGUCGUUUAAAACGAGCUUUAUUUGCAUCCUCUAGUAGUGCUUAUGUAUGUGGUAUUGCACCUAUUAUAUUUGUACCUCAACAUUUACAUUUUAAUGUUUCAUGGGUUGUGCAACAUGUUAUUAUGUUCUGGCUUGAAAGAAUAAGUGCUCAUUUUACACAUACUUAUCCUGUCAGGUAUUGUGACGUUUUACAUAGAGCAGCAUUACAUCUUGGUCGAUGGGUUAAAAUUGAAAAUCGAAAUAGUCACACUUAUGCUCAAGCCUGGAAUGAUUCAGUGUUAUGGCCUCAUGGUUCAGUUGUUAGACAUAACAAAGAAAUUUAUCGUUCAGAAGGUUUAUGCACUGUGGCAGAACCAGGAAAUUCAAAUCAUUAUAGAUUUUAUGCUUUAUUUAGUAAUCCCACAAUGUUACUUUGCUCAAUGUUGGGCUUGCAGCUUCUUCUUGUGUGUGCACAAUUAUUUAUUUUAUUACGCACAACUGAUUGGUAUCAAGUAUUAUCAAUAACAUUGCUUCUUCUGAUUAACUAUUAUACUUUAUUUAAAAUUACUAGAGAUUACCUUAUUUGUUGGAAAGUAUAUCAUGCUGAGCAAAUAAUACAAGAAAAAUCGCAAAUGAUUGCAAAUUCUAGUGUACAAUAAAUAAAACAAAUUUUUAAAAAAUGUU